AUGAAAAGGUGGAUGAGGAAUACAAUCAAGAUUUAUUGUUUUCUACUUACGCUAAAGGUUCAGGUACAAAACCUUAGUAUGAGUGAUGAUAGUGGCAGCAAGAGUAUAGAGUGGUCUUUUAACAUUUUGACAAAGGGGAGGACCCAAUAUGCAGCACAGGGUAGCACAGGCUAUCCUUCAAAUUUUCCUGUCAAAUUUUCUAUCUCUACGCCAUCACCGCCAUUUCUUCGUUUCUUCUCCGUUCUUUGUAAUUCCUGCACUCCUUCUCUUACCACUAUAAAUAUCAAAGUGCCCCAAGAAAAUAUUGUUAUUAAAGACGAUGUUGCAAUUGAGACCUUUGAGGUUGAGGCUUAUAGCUGCAUUCACAGGCUUUGUCAUGGCAGCUGCUCCGACACUGAAUUAUAUAGUUCAUUUCAUUGUGCCUUCUCUUCUCAAUCAUGGAAUCAUGAUGUUUUCCUUAGUUUCAGAGGAGAAGAUACCCGCAGGACUUUUGUUGAUCAUCUCUACUCGGCUCUUGUCCUACAAGGAAUCGACACUUACAAGGAUGACGAAACACUUUGUCAGGGUGAAUCGAUCCGCCCAUCCCUUGUGAAGGCUAUUGAGGAAUCACAAAUAGUUGUCAUCGUAUUCUCUGAAAACUAUGUAGAUUCACCUGGGUGCUUGGAUGAACUUGCACAUAUUAUGAAAUGCAAGGACAUGAGAGGGCAAAUCGUGAUGCCCAUAUUUUAUGAUGUGGAUUCGUCUGAAGUGCGAAAGCAAAAACGGAAAUACGGAGAAGCAUUUGCUAAACAUGAGUUGGAGAACAAAGUUGAAUCCUGGAGAAAAGCAAUUGUGGAUGCAAGUAACCUUUCUGGAUGGGAACCCAUGAACAUUGCCAACGGGCAUGAAUCAAAGGCUAUCAAAGAAAUUGUUGACAAGAUUUCAUCGAGGUUGCAACUAAUAACUUCAAAUGCAAAUGAGAACCUGAUUGGAACAGGGGCUCGAGUCCAUGGUCUUGAAUCAAACCUACAACUUGGGUCAGGUGCACAUGAUAGGAAUAUGGGGGGUUGGGGGUGGUGGAAUCAAGCAGGCAUGGUUUGGAAACAUUGCAAGAAAAAAUUCUUUCAAAAAAUGGAAGCAAACAACAUUGGAGUAGUAAGAUGUUUGAUAAGUAAGAGGUUGCGCCAUAGAAAGGUCCUUUUUGUUCUUGAGGACUUCGAUCACCUUGACCAACUAAAAUCUUUAGCUGGAUCACCUGAUUGA